AUGAUGGGCAUCGACCUCAACACCGUGGAGGAGGACGAGGAGGAGGAGGGCGCUCCGGCCGCCGAGCCGCCGAGGAGCGCCGUGUGCCUCGAGCUCUGGCACGCGUGCGCCGGCCCCGUGGGCCCGCUGCCGCGCAAGGGCACCGCCGUCGUGUACCUGCCGCAGGGCCACCUCGACCACCUCGGGGAGGCCGCGGGAUCCGCGCUGCCGCCCCACGUCUUCUGCCGCGUCGUCGACGUCAAUCUCCAGGCGGACGCCGCGACCGACGAGGUGUACGCGCAGGUCUCCCUGCUGGUCCUCGACAACGAGGAAGGGAAGAGGCGGAUGCCGCCGGAGGGGGACGAGGACUCCUGCGACGGCGACGACGCCGUGAAGCGCCCCCCGCCGCGGAUCCCGCACAUGUUCUGCAAGACGCUCACGGCCUCCGACACCAGCACGCACGGGGGCUUCUCCGUGCCGCGACGCGCCGCCGAGGACUGCUUCCCGCCGCUGGAUCACAGCCUGCAGCGGCCGUCGCAGGAGCUCGUGGCAAAGGAUCUGCACGGCACGGCCUGGAGGUUCCGCCAUAUCUAUCGAGGCCAGCCACGGAGGCACCUUUUAACCACUGGAUGGAGUGCAUUUGUCAACAAGAAGAAGCUUGUCUCUGGGGAUGCAGUGCUGUUCCUCCGAGGCGAAGAUGGAGUGCUUAGAUUGGGGGUUCGCAGAGCUGCUCAGCUGAAAAAUGUAUCUCCUUUUCCUGCACUUGGUAACCAGACCUCGGGUCAUAGUAGUCUUGGUAAUGUUGCCCAUGCUGUGGCAACGAGAAGUAUUUUUCACAUCUACUACAAUCCCAGGUUAUGUCACUAUGAGUUCAUUAUACCUUAUUGGAAGUUCAUGAGAAGCCUCAGUCAACCUUUUUCUGUUGGAAUGAGGUUCAAACUGAGAUGUGAAAACGAAGAUGCUUCUGAAAGAAGGUCCACUGGGAUAAUAAUUGGGAUCAGAGAGUCAGACCCAAAGUCGCAUGGUUCAAAGUGGAAAUGCUUGGCGGUGAGAUGGGAUGAUGAUGUAGAGUGCUCUCGGCCCAAUAGGGUAUCUCCUUGGGAAAUUGAGCUUACUGGAUCAGUUUCAGGAUCUCAUCUUUCCACUCCCCAUUCAAAACGGCUGAAGCCAUGCCUUCCCCAAGUUAAUCCAGAUAUGUUGCUUCCAAGUGGAAGUGUUUCUUCGGAUUUUGCGGGAUCUGCCAGAUUCCACAAGGUCUUGCAAGGUCAAGAAUUAUUGGGUUUUAAAACCCAUGAGGGUACUGUUAAUUCAGCUUCUCAAGCGUCUGAAGCAAGAUUUUUUCAGUACACUGAUGAUCGGAGUUGCUCUAUCAACAUGAGUAACAUCAUGGGGGUUCCAAGACUUGGUGCUAGAACCCCACCGGAAGACCAUGGGUUUUCCUACCACUGCUCAGGCUUUGGGGAAUCUCAAAGAUUCCAAAAGGUCUUGCAAGGUCAAGAAGUGUUUCGUCCUUUCCGAGGAGGAACUUUGUCUGAUGCUGUUAUAAGAGGUUCUGGCUUUUACCAAGCUGAUGGCAACCAUGCAUCUGGUGCAACAUAUAAUUGGCUUACGUCACAAGGAUGUGAUUACCGUGGGCCAACAGCACCAGCAAUGCCUCAAGCAUCCUCUCCAUCAUCAGUGCUGAUGUUUCCUCAAACUACUUCCAGGAUACCUGGCUCUGAAUAUGGAAACCUGGAUAAGGAUGAGAGUAUUAGAAAUGUUACGGUCAGGACUACUCAAGAUAUGGGAAGAAACAAUCAUACAUUACCUCUCUGGCCUCAUCUUGUUCCAGGCAAAAAUUGUACGGGAGCUGAAAAGUUACAGUUCCCCAUCAGCGGUGCGGAGCAUGAACCAGAUGACACAGAUGUUCACACAAAUCGCUGCAAAAUCUUUGGUAUCUCUUUGACACAAAAGGUUCGAGUACGUGAUGAAGUGGAUUGUGACAGUGCAAACUAUCAUCCUCAGGUCCAGCAUUCAAAGCCACAAAAGCCAAAAUCACUAGGCAAUAGUUGUGCUACUGUUCAUCAGCAAAGGCCUGCUGUUGGCAUGGCGGUUGACUUCUCUGCAGUUGAUACGAUGAUCUGAUUCGUCUACUCUAUCCUGUGGGGAGAAGCAUGACCUCCACCUGGCCAUUUCAUCCUUUUAUUCUCGGUUGCCACCAACUUCCAUGUUUUCUCAGGUUUCAUCACAUCCUGGUUGACGUAUUGAGGAUGUUUAUCGAUUUUUUAAUGCACUUUUAGGAUUUAAAUAUUGUUAUUACCUCUAUCUUAAGCUCUCUUUCGAUCAGCAUCUACAUGGAACGAUCUAUUUGUAUGUUUUUAAGCUGUAUCUUGUGACUUGUUUGGGUUGCUACCAUUUAAUUUCCAAGAGCAGACAGUUCUUUGAAUUAACACCAUUGAAUUGAAAUUAUCUCUGCUUGGUACUA